AUGAGUGGAACUCAACCUCGCGCACGGUAUCAACUAAUCAUCAUUGUCAAGAGCUCACCGACAAAUGAUGUACGCCGGGGUCGAUUGCGCCAUCUGAUCAAAAUUCAAACGGCUAACCUUAAUUCCUCCGUGAGACUUCUUUUCAGUUUAGGUGUGCCGGCUGAUAUUGUCAACCGGUCCAGAUUGCUGGAUGCUAUCAGCGAUGAGGCGACCCGAUUUGACGACAUCAUUCUGACUGACUUUACAGACACCUAUUACAAUCUGACCCUCAAGACGUUGCUGAACCUCCGAUUUGCUUGUGUGGCCUGUCUAGGCGCCAGUCCGCUGUUCGUCUUCAUGGAUAAUGACCAUGGCUUAAAUCUUUCCUUUCUUCUCGACUAUUUCCACACUUUUGACAGAGAAGAGAAACAUCGGAGGAGCAGCGGCAUUCUGUCUUCGGCUAUAUAUACCAGCAGCCAAAGGUAA